UGUGACGUCAGAGCGACCAGUGAAGAUGGCGGCGGUGACCAGAGGCUCCUUCAGCGCGCUCAGACAGCUGCUGACCCAUCAGUACCGACGUCGAUGUUUCCGACUGCAGAACUUCAGAACCAACAGAACCGUUCAGCCUCUGAGCUUCAGAUGUGGGACAAACCUCCAGAUGUUCAGCAGCAGGACGCUGCACUCGUCCACCGGGAGUCGAGGACCAAUCGUCUCGUUCAAACUGUCCGACAUCGGAGAGGGAAUCAUGGAGGUGACGGUGAAGGAGUGGUACGUGAAGGAGGGGGACAAGGUUUCUCAGUUCGACAGUAUCUGUGAAGUUCAGAGCGACAAGGCGUCCGUCACCAUCACCAGCCGCUACGACGGAGUCAUCAAGAAGCUCUACUACGACGUGGACGCCACGGCUUUAGUGGGAAAACCACUGGUGGACAUCGAGACCGAGUCCAGUUCAGAGGUGAUCCAGGAGGAGGACGUGGUGGAGACGCCCGCCAUGGCUCAAGAAGAACACACCCACCAGGAGAUCAAAGGUCUCAAGACUCAGGCCACGCCCGCCGUCAGGCGCCUCGCCAUGGAGAACAACAUUAAGCUCAGUGAGGUGGUGGGGACCGGGAGAGACGGACGGAUCUUGAAGGAGGACAUCCUGAACUUCCUGGCGAAGCAGACCGGAGCCAUCAUUCCUCCGACCCUGUUCCAGGAGAUCCAGACUCCGGCUCCGCCCCCUGCUGCUGCUGCUGCCAGGCCCGUGAGCACCACGGCAGCCAUCAAAGCUCCUCCCACCACACCCAGACCUGUGUUCACCGGGAAGGACGUCACCGAGCCCCUGAAAGGUUUCCACAGGGCGAUGGUGAAGACGAUGACGGCGGCGCUGAAGAUCCCUCACUUCGGUUACUGUGACGAGGUGGACAUGAGCCGCCUGGUGGCUCUGAGGGCCGAACUCCGACCCCUGGCUGAAGGUCGCGGGGUCAAACUGAGCUACAUGCCCUUCUUCAUCAAGGCUGCCUCCAUGGGUCUCCUCCACUUUCCCAUCCUCAACUCCUCAUUGGACGAAGGCUGCCAGAACAUCACGUACAAGGCGUCUCAUAACAUCGGCCUGGCGAUGGACACCAUUCAGGGUCUGCUGGUUCCCAACGUGAAGAACGUUCAGCUGCUCAGUGUGUUCGAUAUCGCUCAGGAGUUAAACCGCCUGCAGACGCUCGGCGCCGCAGGGCAGCUGGGAACCAACGAGAUGACUGGAGGAACCUUCACCCUGUCCAACAUCGGAUCAAUUGGAGGGACGUACACCAAACCGGUCAUUCUUCCUCCUGAAGUCGCCAUCGGAGCUCUGGGAAAACUCCAGGUUCUUCCUCGGUUCGACGCCGGUGGUCAGGUGGUUAGAGCUCACAUCAUGAACGUCAGCUGGUCGGCGGAUCAUCGCAUCAUCGAUGGAGCCACCAUGUGUCGGUUCUCCAACCUGUGGAGGGAGUACCUGGAGAAUCCGGCCAGCAUGCUGCUGGACCUCAAAUAGACAGAUCAAUAUUUCCCAUCAGCCCCGGGGAGACCUUCACUUCUCCUCCAACCGCCUUCGCUCAUUCUUUCUGUUCGAGGCCUUCCCGUUCACUCGUCGUUUCCUUGUUGCCUUUGAGCAAGGCAGCGGGAGGAGGAGGGGUCAGCCUGUCAAUCAUGUUUCCAUGACGACCAUUAACACACACACAGUGGAGGUUAGAGGUAGUUAGUCUGUUACUAAUGUUUCACAAGAUCUAUUUAAAAUAAUGACCAGUAAUAAAUGAAAUCACUAAAACCAGUGGACAUGCAUUGAACCGGUGGAGAACCCGCUUAAAGGGGCUUUUAGUGUACUGCUGUUCCUGGUUGGUCCUCAUUGAUCCAGAUCCCAGUGUUGUCACCUAAACAUUUGGGUUCUUCUGAAGCUGGAUGUGGAUCCAGGAUCUGGUCUGAGAUCAGUUAGUAAAGGGAAACAUUGAAAACAGCAGAAUUCUCCUUUUGAGAACUUUGAAACUGGUUCUCUCUAGAACCGGGUUCCUGUUCCUGAAACAUCUGAGUCCAACAGUGAAUUCAUUAAUAAACUAAUUAUCUUCACAUUGUGUUUUUAGAUCCUAUUUAUCUGCAGUCUGAUCUCCUUGAUUUAAGAGUUCAUGUAUGCAAAUGAGGUGGGCGGAGUCAGCAUGCCUCAUGUCAUGUGACUAAAUUAUUUUAUUUAUCAGCAGGACCAACAAUGAUUCACUUCUCUGAGGUUCUGAUCAACACGAGCUCAGUUAAACAUUGAUUCAUGAAAUGAUUCUGGUUCUGAUCACUUUGUUUCUCUCCUCUGUACGGGAUCAGAACCAGUUUCUCUCCUCUGUACGGGAUCAGAACCAGUUUCUCUCCUCUGUACGGGAUCAGAACCAAAAACUAAAGAGACAUUUGUAAAUCAGCUGAAUUCCUGUUGGUCUGGUUCCUGGGCUGGUGUGGAAGAGGUCUAUCUGUAGACCUGACCCCGUUGUGGUCCGACCCGUUUGUUGCCUGUACUGAAGACUGUUACAGAACCUGUGAAUACUCUCUGGUGUUGGUAGAAUGUUUCUCUUCCUGCUUUGUGUUUUAGUUUUUAGCGACCGACUAAAUGUAAAAGUGUAAAAAAAAGAAACGUAGCUUUUUGUAUUUUUGGGUCUGUUUGAACCUGGUGGAGAACUUUGAAUAAAGUUGAAGUGAACAAAC